ACAUCCACAAACCAAUGCACACAUCACAAACACGAGACAGUGCAGACAGAGAGGGGGAGACAGGGACAGGAAAGCAAAGCGGAGUAGUGAGAGGCAGAGAGUGAGACAAUCAGCAGGACUUCUGCGAAGAGGAUUCACCCUUGACUGAAUGAAAACUUUCUAGGGAAGCCGGAAAGGAUCUUUAGAGAGUCCUGGGUAUUUGAUCUGAUUUGACCUUUGAUCUACUGUAUAAAGAAACUCCUCUGGACAUCAUGGAUGGAGAAUCAACCAGCCAAGGGACAUCUGAGUCCACAGAGGCGACUAAUCAGACUGACACCAACAACAACACCCAGGCAGAUGAACCAGGGCUGGAGGAGAAUAAAGACACAGGGGCAAAGUGCUCAGAAGUGGAGACAGCAGAAGGUCAGGUGGGGGAGAAGGGGGAGGAGAAUACAGUACCGCAACAGGGAGGAGUAGAGGAGGCCAAUGCUGGAGAUACAGAUGAGUCCCAGGCUGUUUCAAAGCCUGUUGAAGGUAACAGUGAAGAGGCUUGUCAAGAUAAAGACAAAGCAUCUACUGAUGUGAAGGAUCCUGAACCCGUAAAUGGAGAAAAAGAAGGGGAGGGAGAGGUGGACGAAGACAAGAAAGGAGAGCAGGUGGAAGAGGUCAAGACUGGGAAAGAUGGAGAGGAGGUAAAGGACAAAACCAAAGACGAGGAGACGAGUAAAACUGGGGAAAAGGCAAAGGAAGAAGAGAAAGAUGUGUGUGGAAAGGCAGCAAAGGAGGCAGAGAAGAAAAAACAAGCCAAAGAAGCAGAUGUAGAAAUGAAAGACAAAGGAAAGAUGAAGGAGGUAGAAAAGCAAGGGAAGCCCAAAAGAAAGAGUGGUCCUCCUUCCUCUGCUCUCUCCCGACCAAGACCCUCUGCGCGCUCCGUCAGAGUGUCCACUAAAAACAACAUCAUUGCAAAGUUUGAACAAGGUGCACCAGAGACACCAAUAGCCCGCAACUUCAAAAUUCAGAGGUCGUCUGCAGCUGUGGCCACAGGAGCUUCAAUCAAACAGAAGAUGCUUCAGUGGUGUCGCAACAAAACCCGAAACUACGAGGGCGUCAACAUCGAAAACUUCUCAUCGUCCUGGUGUGAUGGGAUGGCGUUCUGUGCUCUGAUCCAUCGUUUCUUUCCAGACGCUUUCGACUACAGCUCUCUCAGUCCAAAGGAGAGGGAGAAAAACUUCACUCUGGCCUUCCAAACUGCAGAGUCCCUGGCUGACUGCUGCCCUCUGCUGGAAGUGUCUGACAUGAUCAUGAUGGGUAACAACCCGGACCCCAUGUGUGUAUUCACUUAUGUCCAGUCCCUCUGCCACAGCCUGUCCAAAAUAGAGAAAGAGAGGAAGGAAAAAGAAAAGGAGCAGAAAGAGAAGUCUGGUAAUGAGGGAGAAGAGAUGGAGAAAGGAGAGGAUGCAGCAGGUGAGGCGUCGAUGGAGAAGGAUGAAGAAGAGUCGGCUCAGAACGGGACUAUGGAUAGCCAAGAGGAGAAAGAGGGAGAAAGAGUUGAGCUAGAGGGAACCGGUGAGGAGGAAGAUGCAUCAAAAAGCUGCGAGGUGCAGGAAGGUGGAGGAGUUUUAGUCGAGGCAGAGUCCUAGAAAAACACUGACAGCACACAGAAAGACUGAAAAGACCAAAAAGAUUGCUGAUGGUUGCAGAACUACAAUGAGUAAGUCUUAGUUUAGUGUUUGACUGACUACUCUCAGUGUAAAGAGGCACAUCAGGUUGACUCUCAGCUCAAAUACGGGCAAUGUGAUGUUACAGUUAGCUGAAUGUUUGAAAGUGUAUUAUGCUGAGGGUUUUUUGUUAGUUUUUUUUUUAAUUGACUGCCCUGUUGUUUGUUUUUGAGCACAUAAAGUUGGAGUUUUAAUUAUGCUAUUUGUUGUGUUUAUACAGAAUCAUAAAUUAAAUAGUGGAAUUGUGAAUUUUAAAGUUUUUGUGCACCAAUAAAAAUUCUUUUACAAGACAUUUGGCUGCAAGUAGACGAGGUACAGUACCGAAAUCAUUUAAUAAGAAGAAUUUAGCGCAUGCAAUGGAGAUACAUAGACAAUGACUGUAAUAAUUCAAUGCCAGAUUUAUGUAUUAUUAUGAGACAUUUUAUCAUUAUCAGAUGUGUGCUUUACUUUGUUUUCUCUACAGCAGUCAUCAAGGAUUCACUCUUAACAAACGUAAGAGGCCUUCUCUUUUUUUUUUAAGUCAAAAGAAGUCUGUUAAAUAAGUGUUUAUUCUUCAGUUUGUGAGGAGGAGUGACAUUUAGAUCACUGAAUAGCCCCUG